UUCCCUAAUUUUCCCCCACAAAGCAUGAUUGAUUCAUGUAUUAUCCACAAUCUCGCGUCCCAAAAAAAAAAAAGGGAUUAUGUUGUGACACAAGAACGAGCAUUUGUUUGCAUUUGCGGAUAUUUUACUGAUCGUUUUGUUUUAUUUCCUUUUAUUUCCUUAUUUUUUGUUCAUUGAGGUCUUUUAUAGAAACUGUAGAACUUUUGAUAUAUAAAAAAUUGUGGCAACUGUCAGGGUAGAAAAAAAAAAGAAAACGGUCCACACCCUCAUAUGCCACCUACUGUUGAGCUUUCUUCCGAGUUGGCAUCGCCAAGCGACAGUCUCCCCCCACCUCCACCAUCGUACCAUGGUUUACCCUUGGCAUCUCGGUUAAAAUCCCUCUUUAUCUCCUCUCACCCCGCCACCCGACCAUCUCCGUCCUCACCGGGGUCCAAAGACUUGGCUUCCAGUGCGCCAGCAUUCACUGUGCCUCAUCAGUUUCAUACCACCGCGAAACCGCCCAACGUGAAAAGCAACUCUUGGUUCUCUGUGACAAGUUUUAGUCAAACCAAUAAAGUUGUGCGUCGCGUAGCUUCGGCUCCCAAUGCCCGCCUUUUGGUUAUGACUCGUCAGUCCUGUCCGCCCGAGAAGCCAACGUCAGGUCUGACCCAUCCGUCGGUCAUAGCGCCCAAUUUAUCCACGAAAUCCACCACCACCUCUUCCGUCGAUCCCACUCGGGUCUGUCGUCGUACUUACAGCAGCAGCAGCAUCAAAGUGAAAAAGGCCCAAGUAGGUCCCUCCAGCUUUGUCAAAUUACGCAUGCUUGGCAAAGGCGACGUGGGCAAAGUGUACAUGGUUCAACAGAAAGAAACCGGCAAACUGUAUGCCAUGAAAGUUUUAUCAAAAAGCGAGAUGAUUAAACGUAACAAAAUCAAACGCGCUUUGGCCGAGCAAGAGAUUCUUACCACAUCCAACCAUCCUUUUAUCGUCACCCUGUAUCAUUCUUUUCAAAGUCAGGACUACCUCUAUUUUGUCAUUGAGUAUUGCAUGGGCGGCGAAUUUUUUCGAGCAUUGCAACUACGUCCGGGAAAAUGUCUCAACGAAGAAGGGGCCCGAUUCUAUGCCGCCGAAGUCACCGCUGCCCUUGAAUACCUGCACCUGCAUGGUCAUAUUUAUCGUGAUCUCAAACCUGAAAAUAUUUUACUUCACCAUACCGGUCACAUCAUGUUGACCGACUUUGAUCUGAGUAAAGGCUCAAGUCCGCCUGGCAACCCGGGCGUCAUUCGAUCUUCCGCACCGCACCUCCCUCCUUUUAUUGAUACGAGACAAUGUGUGAACAAUUUGCGCACCAAUAGUUUCGUAGGUACAGAAGAAUAUAUUGCUCCCGAGGUGAUCAAGGGUUGUGGACAUACCAGCGCCGUGGAUUGGUGGACGUUGGGUAUUCUUAUCUAUGAAAUGCUGUAUGGUACGACACCUUUCAAGGGGAACCAUCGAAAUGAGACGUUCUCGAGAAUAUUGCACUGCGAUGUCACAUUUGGAGACCAGCCUUUUCCGUACGAAUGUCAUUUAUCCAACAGUUGCAAAAACUUGAUCCGCAAAUUAUUGCAUAAAGACGAGCAUCGGCGGUUGGGAUCCCGCGCUGGCGCCACGGAUAUCAAGCAUCAUCCGUUUUUCAAGGAUCUUAAUUUUGCGCUGUUGCGACACUGUGUUCCUCCUAUUAUCCCUUUAAUGCAGCAAUCCAACGGGAUUGAUGCCAUCAAUUUUAGACACAUGCCACCCGACAGUAUCAGCCUCGAUCUGGAAUCAGACAAUAUGGUCAACUCUCAUCACAUCAAUCCCUUUGAAAAAUUCAACUCUAUUACUCUCUACCACGACGGCGAUACCGACCAGGACAUCGAGCCUUGAUCUUUUGUGCCUCUUACACAAAAUCUUUAUUCUUAUUAUACUAUUUCUAUCUACCCAUUCACCUUUCAGCCUCAUUAACUUUUUUAAUUGCAGUUACGUCUCCCAUUCCCGCCCUUUUCUUUAUGGAUCCUAUUUUGGCUUUUGGCUUUUUGUACAUCAUUUAUUAUUUAAUCUUUUUUCUUUUCCGUUUCCACAAGCAUAUAGCAAAUUUCUUUGCAAACUAUUUAACUUUAUACAAGCUUUUUAAUUCGUAAUCACUAUCAACAAUAAAUAAUUGGAGUCCCUGGCUUCCCACGUCAACAUACAUUUUGUCGCUAAAUGGCUUUUUAUACAGGAAGAACGGUCAGAUUUAUCCGCCUUCUACAACCAUUG